UUUUUUUAUUUGCACAAAAUCUGUUCAAUUUUCGAAUGUCCACUUUUUAACAAAAAUUGAAGUCAGUCUUAUAUAUUCCAUGAAUAUUCACUUUCAGUGCAAGAAGAAGACAAUUACCGAAAAUAUUCUUAAGGUCAUACAUUAAAAAUUUGCUGGAAUACAAAUCGUACAGUGAGUGGUGUUUAGCGUUAUCAACAUGGCCGAGGAGGAAGCUCCAACCACAUCCAAGGCUGCGCGCCCGGCUAAACGUUUCGAGAUAAAGAAGUGGAAUGCGGUUGCUACUUGGACCUGGGACAUUGCGGUGGACAACUGCGCAAUCUGUCGUAAUAAUAUAAUGGAACAGUGUAUCGAGUGCCAAGCGUCCCAGGGCCAAGGACCAGGAGGAGAAUGCACCACUGCAUGGGGUAUAUGCAAUCACGCGUUCCACUUCCAUUGCAUCUCUCGCUGGCUGAAAACUCGUAACGUAUGUCCACUUGAUAAUACCCCUUGGGACUACCAGCGCAUGGGAUCCUAAGUGUUUUUGUUGUUGCUGGUACCACUUUAACCGCUGUUGCCGCUGUUUACAUAUGAAAAUUUUUUAUAUGUAAACGAAAAAUUUUUUGUGUGAUGAAACCACUGAAUAGUGAAUAGUUUCAUGAUUUAGUAUUUGGACUAACAUAUUUUUUAACGUAUUGAUUUGUUAUUGUUAAAUAUGAUUAGCAAGUGAGAUAUAUAUUUGUAAUAUCAGUUUAGACAUAUAUGUAUUACAAAAUCAAAAAAUUCUGUGAUUUACCAAAAGGUGUAUUAUUUUGGAUGAACAUUUAAAAAGAAA